GUUUUAAAAAAAAAAAAAAAAACGUAAAAAAAACACAUAAAAAAUAAAAAGUAUAAAUCCACCAAAAAAUUUAAAAUGUUUAAAACCAAAAAUAGGAUGACCAGAGACUGCGGACAUAGUACCAGGAGAUGGUCAGAGACUGCGGACACAGUACAGGAGAUGACCAGAGACUGCGGACACAGUACAGGGAUGACCAGAGACUGCGGACAGUACAGGGAUGACCAGAGACUGCAGACACAGUACAGGGGAUGACCAGAGACUGCGGACACAGUACAGGGAUGACCAGAGACUGCGG